GCAUCUCCAACAGAUUCUGCAUUUCCUCAUUUUUCUCUAUUUUAGAGAAAAUUGGGUCAUUUUUAACUCCAACAGCUUCCCUAAACCUUCCCCUAAAAUAGAGAUUUUGAGGAGAGAGAAGAUUACAUUCCCUAAAUCUACAGCAAACGCUAAAAAUAUAGCGAUAGAAAAGUUCAUAAAUGUUUCACGUGCUCCCCACUCCCAACGUCUCAAAUGGUUCAACUUCGACUGAAGCUCAACCAAGAAAGAAGACGGCGUCGCCGAUGGCUUCGAUGCCAUUGAAUUUCACUAACCUCCUCAACAACGAAUCAGCCCUCAGUGACCUUAAUGAACCACACGAUUUCCCGGCGAGUCAGUAUCAGUCCAAUGGUUCUACUUAUGCUCAUUCACCAUAUGAAGAUUGCACUUAUGAAGAGACUCCUACAAAUGAAGUUUACACUUACGAAGAGACGCCACGUGCACCUAGCAACAAGAAAGCACAAAGACAAGCCCAAAGACAAGCCAACUUCACAAUCGAGGAAGACAAACUUCUUGUAUCUGCAUGGCUCAAUAUUGGCUUAGACCCGGUGAAAGGAGCCGAUCAAAAGAAGAAACAAUUCUGGAAAAGGAUUACUGAUUACUUUGAAAAACACAAGAAGUGGUCUGCUGAAAGGAGUGAAAAAUCAUUAACAAACCGUUGGUCAACAAUCAGCAGCACUGUGAGUAAGUUUUGUGGACAUUAUGCUCAAUUUGAACACUUACGGAGAAGUGGUUAUACGGAACAAGAUAAGAUAGUGGAAGCAAAAGAGAAUUUCAAGCUGGAGGAAGGUCAUGCAUUUGUACUUGAUCAUUGUUGGGUAAUUUUGAGGUUUCAGCAAAAAUGGAUGGAUGAACAUCAAAAAAUUGAAAGUAAGAAAAAGUUGAAGGCUCCUUCUAGUAAAGCUGCAGAUUCUAUCAAUUUAGAAGACGAUGAUACAGAAGCUCCUGAACCUGCAAGCUUGAAGAGGCCAAUUGGGAGAAAGGCUACCAAGGAAGCUAUCAAAAAGGCAAAAUCCAAAGAGUAGGUUGGUGAAAAUGAGAAUGAAUCUUCAAAAAUCCGAUCUGAGUUGGAAGAGUUGAGGGCAAGGAGAUUAGAAAGUGACCGCAUAAAGGCAGAACAAUUUAAGUUGCUACUUGCUACUGAGCAAAAGCAAGUUUCUCUGAGAGAAAAGGAAAUUGAACUUCAGGCUCGAAGUGAGGAUGCUAAAAUAAUGUCUAUGGAUUCUAGUGUCAUGCCUCCAUUUCAAGCAGAGUACUUUAUUAGUCUUCAGAAGGAAAUCUUGGCAAAAAGAGCUAGUAGGAAUGAAAAUCAGUAGUCACUUGUGUUAGUUCUUUAUUUUCAGUAGAGAAAAGGAUGUUUAUGCUCUUUCUUUCUAUGAGACAAUAUUAGUACUUGUUAUGUUUAUGCU